AUGGCGAUAAAGCUGUCAUCUCUUUUUACCAUUGUCUUUCUUCUUCUUGUUCUUCAAGAAACCAUAUUAUUUUCAGCCAUGGCAGACAUGAAGUUCAUACAGGACACAUGCAAGUCCACUCCCAACUAUGAUUUAUGCGUUAAGACUAUAUUGGCAGAUCCUAAGAGCCAAGAUGCAGAUUUAACAAACUUAGCUCUCAUCGUAGUUAAUGCAAUCAAAGAAAAAGGUAUCAACACCAUAAACUACGUCAAGAGUUUGGAGAGCGAUCGACCGGAGUUGAAGUCGCCGCUAGAGUAUUGUGCUAACGUGUAUAAUGCUAUAGUGACGGCAGACGUUCCUGAAGCCGUUACCGCAUUGACUCAAGGUAAUCCAAAGUUUGCUGAGGACGGAGUUGCUGAUUGCGCAGUAGAAUCGCAGGCAUGCGAGAGCACUUUUGGCCAGUAUGGUCAAGCAUCUCCUAUGACAAACAUGAAUAAGGAUAUGGGAGAUCUUGCUAAUGUAGCUAGGGCCUUGAUUAGGAUGCUACUGUAA